UGCCAUCCCUACAUCUGACGGCUGCCGCAGCCACACAGAGUCACAGUUGCCCGUUGGAUUCUCUCUCUGUCUCGGCUGCCCCCAAUUCUUGCCCCGUCUCCUCGAUCCGCCCCCUGCUUCCCCCGCCUUCUCCGCGUCUCCGCCGAUCAGCCUCGCCGCCGCCCGUCACCUGGAACCCGCGCUCGUGGGUCCCUUCAUCCCGCGCCCUGCCUCGGAGCCGACGGCCUCGGAUCACCUCCCCCGCCGCGGGCACUCCCUCCGUCAGUCAAAUCCACAGCCGCGGCGCGCGGCGCGGGUCUUCGCCUCCACGAUCUCGGGUAUCAUUAAGAUUGUCGUAAUGUAUUGGAGGAGCCAUACCAUCUAGUGAUAAGCAAGUAGCAUUGGAGCCAAAAAAACAGCAACAAGUGAGUUGCCAAAGAAAGGUGCAAAUAUCGUAAAUAUGUCUCAAGGAACUUCUCCACUGCCAAAAGAUAAAGGUCCUACAACAGAACCUGGAAAGGCUGUGGGCAUCAAACGGCUGCAGUCUGAUACUCCCUCGAGUCCUGGAUAUCAUAAUGUUUAUGUAAGAAGAAAAGUAGAAUCUGAGCAUAGUAAGGUGAAUCCUUCUCAGGAUUUGAAAGGUAAUGGAAGAGACAAAGCAAAAGAGCAGGAGACACACCAAGAUGUUCAACAAGAUCAACAAGAGGAGGCCAGUAGGACCCAAGUGUCAUCCCCUGUUGCUGAAUCUGUAGAAAUAGUAUCUUCCAAAUCUCCUGAAAAAACAAAUGCAGAAAUUGUGCCAGAGAAAACUGAGCCACCAGUUGCUUCUGGCACUGGCAUUCAAGAGGAUGUGAAACAGUUAAGCAUACAAUACUGGAACGAGAGGUUUAAUCGAUUACAGACAUAUUUGGAGAGCUGUGAUCAUUCGACCCAGGAGGGUUAUUUGCGAAAGCUUAGGUCCCUUUCGGCAGCUGGGCGAAGCAUGCAUGCGAUUGAGCUGGAGAAAAGGGCAAUACACCUCCUAGUGGAGGAAGGGAAAGAGCUGCAGCGGAUGAAGGCUUUGAAUGUCCUUGGGAAGGUCUCCCCAAAUGCUUCAUCGAAGCCAACACCUUUGCAGCGGCAGUCUCAGAAAUGAGAUGCCCGUAUAGCAUCAAGAGAGCUGCGAUGCUCAAGCACAUUGCCGAAAGGACAUGCUCUGUUUGUGUAGCUCCAGUUUUUUAUGACUCUUUUUACGGCCAUGUAAUGCAUCUCCUUUUCUUCUUGUAUUUCUUUUUGUAUUUGUUUCGCUGCCUCACCACCCUAGUGAUGUGGGUCUGUUGUAAUGCUAUGUAAUUAGUAUUAACCCAUAUAGAUAAGCCUGGUAUGCUUAAUGGCUAAACCUAACUAUUUUCUGUUUAUUCCUUUGUCAAGAA